AAAUCCGCCAUGUUGUUCCUGCAGCAGCGUUGCGACAGAGACGGAGCGCGAGAACGGCAUGACUGAAGAAAGUAAUAAUACGGCAGAAUCGCUUACCGGCCAAACGGAGCACGGCAGUAGCAUCAUCACCAUCCAAACUACCCUGGGAGACGAAGAUGAAGAUAUUCACAAAUGUGGGCGAUGUGGCGAGGAGUUUUCCGCUUUGGAUAUCUUCAUUCAGCACAAGCUUAGUCGGAUCUGUAAACGUCCUUUACAGGACCCACAGGUGAAAGACUGUGAUAAAGAUGGAGAGCUGGCUAAUGAUGCAGAGAUAUCCUCAGUGGAUGAGGGAGGCAGCAAGUUAACCGCCACAAACAGAAGGCCAGGUCACUCGGCAAAUGACCAUGGCGAGUCUGAAAAUGGAGAUAGUUCAGAUCUUACUAAACCUUCCUUGAAGCUCAACGAGGAAGGGCGCUACGUUUGUCAAAUAUGUGAGAAGACUUUCAAAACGGCAAAUAUCCUGAGGACACACUUAUCUAUUCAUACAGACAAGAAGGACUUUAAAUGUGAACUUUGUGAGACUGCGUUCCGAACCAAAGGCUCUCUGAUUCGCCACAACAGACGACACACAGACGAGCGACCUUACCAGUGCAAUCAGUGUGGCCUCUCCUUCAGAGAGUCUGGGGCACUGACUAGACACUUGAAGUCGCUGACGCCAUGUACAGAGAAGAUCCGUUACAGCCAGUGCAAAGAGAUCCUUUUCGGCAAGGAUGGCGUUUGCACAGAACUGCAGCAGGCUCCUGUUCUCCCUGAGAAAAAGCAGCAGCUGCCUGUGGUCAGUGUGGUGCAGACAGUCCAAGAUGCCGUGCACAUCCAGGUGGUAGAAGACCUAGGACAAGUUCAUCAGGUGGUAUCGCAGCCUGUAGCUGAAGCUGCUGCAGAAGGAGACAGUCUAAUCUGCCAAGCCAUCAUCAACUCGGGCAUUGCUCUGGAGACCGAAGCUGCAGAGGCAGCAGAGCAGGCAGAGGCAGCAGAGCAGGCAGAGGCCCAGUCGCCUAAAGGGGUCCUGCAGAAUCCUGAGGCUGUGGGCAGGGUCUCAGAGAUUCAGGUGACCGAGGAGUGUGUGGAGGUAGAGGCGGAGACUGUGGAGACUUCAGAGAAAGACAUGGAAAUCUCCCCUUCGAAGUCACACAAAUGUCCUCACUGUGAUCGGAUGUUCAGAACGGUGACUCACUUGCGCAUCCAUGUCAAAGGGCAUACUGGCUGCAAGCCAUUUAAGUGUGUGACAUGUCAGAAGGAAUUCUUGACCUGCUACAUGCUGAAGAAGCACAUGGAGAUGCACGUGACCGAGCGCCGGUACAAGUGUGGUGAGUGCGGGAAGCUGUUCAAGGCUAUUGGGCAUGUACGUGAGCACAUGAGGGCACAUUCCAACGACCGCCCACACCACUGCAACCUCUGUAACAAGAGCUACAAGACCAAGAAUGCACUUCAGGUGCAUCAGCGCACGCAUGGCGAGGACAAACCGUAUGUAUGUACAUUCUGCUCUCGGGCAUUUCGGGAGAAAGGUGCGCUGGUGCGUCACAUUCGCCACCACACCGGAGAGAAACCUUUCAAGUGCUCCAAAUGCGGCCGUGGUUUUGCAGAACACGGCACACUCAACCGGCAUUUACGAUCGAAAGGAGGGUGCACUGCAGUGCCGGAGUUGCUGAGGUCUGAGGAGCAGGAGUGUAUAGACAAUAUGGCAGCUGCCAUGAUUUCUGAUGAUCCCCAUGCUGUGCUGGUGGAGUUUUCCUCUGUGGUGGCUGAUACUCAGGAGUACAUCAUAGGAACGCCAGCUGAGGUGCCGACCCAAGCAGAAGAGGUGUCUGUCAUGAGUAACAAUCAUAACCAGUUGGACAGUCAAAUCAUAAAGGUGGUGCAGCAGGUUGUGAGUCAGGCACAAGGCGGUCAGCAGAUCAUCGUGCGUAAUGUGGCAGACGAUGAGAAGCCUGGCGUUUUCGACUCCGGUGACACUAUCACCAUCGCUACACCUGAGAGCCUCACCGAGCAGGUGGCCAUAACUCUCGCCAGCGCCAUCAGCAACGGCACCCUCCUGAGCACCACCUCCUCCACAGAAGGCACUACUGCGAUGGAGCAGGACGAGCACUAUGUCAUCGCUUCCUCUGAUGAGAUGGAGAUUCAGACUGUUGUGGUGGUCUAACGGAGAAACCGUACAUCUGAAUCUGGAUAAUGUCGUGUUUAAUCUGGAGUGAACAUUUUGACUGUUGCCCAAACCCUGUAGCAGUUUGCUCCUCUCUUAUGCCUUAUCUUGAUUAUUCUCAAUUGUUUGCACUUAAUGAACCUGAAUUGGUUUCUUGACUUGGGUAUAAAGAUUGCGCAAGACACUAGAUUAUUUUUUAUAAUCUUAUUGUGUCUUCUCUGCAGUGAUAAAACAUCAUCCUGUUUUUGUUUUUUUUUCCCUACACAUUUUUCCUCAACUUCACAUGUUCCUCAACUGUACAUAAGGCUCAUAGGAAUUAUAGGGAAGAGGUCAAAGAAAAUAUUACAUUGCAUGGUUUUUAAACUAUAAAGUAUAUUGUUUUCCGUGUAUAUUCUAUUUAUUCUAAUUGGAAACCAGUUAUUGGUAUCUACUGGGGCAUGGGUAUAAUGGUGCUUUAGGAUUUUCUUGCUUCUUUCUCAAAAUGAAGCCAUGCUACUUACUCACUCCAUUGCUCUCGGUGUUCCAGUUUUUGUUUGUUUGUUUGUUUGUUUGUUUUCAAUACACACUGCCAAGUUCUUCUAAACUGUGUCUUUUGUUGUUUUUGGCUGUUUGCAAUAUAGUGUGUGAGAUCGAUGGAUGUGUUUUUAUAUGUUCUGUUGUCCCUGUGGUUUCUAUUCAGGAAAGUCUUUAUGUGCAAGAGCAACUAUGGGUUAUGAGUCAUGAUUCAAUCCUUUUUGUACUUGACCCCUCACAACUGUUUUCCGUAAGAGAUAGGUGUAGAGUUGUUAAAAUCACUCGCCAGGCAGAUCUGGGCCACAGCAG